UUAGGAUAAUAACAACAAUGGGCGAUGAAAUUCACAAGGCGGGCGAUAAUGGUCGUGAAUAGGCUAUUUUAUGAACAGCUUUGUUGACAAAGCUACAUGCAGAUCUUGCUAACUUGUUUGGGAAAAGAGAGGAAAGAUGAAGGGGAAAGGGAAGAAUAUGGCGGAUAAGGACUGCCCUCUUCAGUUCCCAGAUCUGAAACCUGUGGAUCAUACAAGACAGUGUCUCAGAUAUUCCACAGUCCUGGAGGAUGGAGAGAAGGACAGCAUAGGGCUGGAAGAUCUAGACGUGAUACAGACAGACUUAGAAACUCUGUUGGCAGCAGCAGGGAAACGCCUCAAACUUCUGGGCAGUGAGCUUCAGAUCCUAGUCAGCUGGCAGGAGAAAAAGGACAAAAAAGGAGGCAAAGUGCAACCAGAAUCUACCCCACCUGGAAAAAGAGGUAAACAAGGGAGUGAAGAGAAGCACAACAAAAAGUUAAAAGUAUCAAAUGACAAGAGUUCAUCAACAUCCCAACCUCCAGGUCGACCACCUAAAACCAAAAAUGUACAGCGAUCAUUGCCCUUACAAAGCAAACCCGUUGAUAAUGACUUCCCGGAACAAGUAGCUGACCUUCCCAAACUACCCAAGAAUGAUGCUGUGGACAGAUUCUGGGCCUCAGUGGAACCUUACUGUGGGGAUAUCACGAAUGAUGACAUCAAACUGUUAGAAGAGUUACUGAAAUCACAUGAAGAUGAUGCGGACUAUUAUAAGAUACCUCCACUGGGGCGGCAUUACUCAGAAAAAUGGGCACAAGAAGAUCUGCUGGAAGAGCAGAAAGAGGGGUCCAAAAUAUGUGACCGAAGGAGAAGUCAUAACAACAACACUAGUCUGAGUGCCACAGAUGCGGCUAACAUGCUGAAAAAGGCAGAAGCCAGUUAUUCAGAGGACUCUCCAUUUGGCCCGUUAACCCAGCGCUUGGUGUCUGCUCUGAUAGAAGAGAACGUGAUGACUGCCUUUGAUGAUUCCAUGGCUGAAGUCAACCCAGAAUCAGUGGAGGAGGCCUGUUCCAUGUCCCCAAGGGCUCUGGCCAAACAACUGAACAUAGGCAACCCAGCCCUGUUGGAGAAGAGGAUAAAGAGAGAGCUGGAGGAGCAAGGUAUUCUAGAAAGCGAGGAUAAAGUUGAGGAUAAUCCAGACGAUGAAAUCCUCACAGAACUGAAAGAGAAACAACAGGAACUACGUGCUGUGAACCAACACAACAUCGCUGUCACCAAACAUUUGUUAAAACUGGCUAAGGAGGAGAUGGCGCGUCAGGAGCUGAGGAAAAAACUGACAGCAGUGGAAGCUGAGGUGAUGGAGGCAUACAGGAAAAUCCAAGCCAGUAAACAGAAGAAAAAGGCACCAACAAAAAAAGAAAAGGAGGCUGCAUUGAGGGCUUUAAAGGAGCGAGAAACUUUGAUUAAGACACUAGAAGGGUGAAAGAGGAGAGUUACCCAUGGA